GUCACAAGGAAUGAACAUGUUGAUCUUCAAGAGACUGUGAGGCCUGAUGAGUUCGGGCUAUCUCGAAGGGCGUUGAAGAGCGUCAAAAAGCGAUAUACCCGUGUCAAACGCGCUUUGACCUACACCAAACAAGCAAAUGCUCCGCACAUCUUGUCAUAUUAAGUCAGCCAAGCGAAAUGAAAGAUGAUAAGCUUAAGGACUUCGUAUACAACGAGAACGCAGGGGCUGGAACUUAUAUCUAUGUUAUAGACACGGGCGCAGCCUACACUGUCAGAAUUAAUGACGGUAACCAUGAGUUCGAAAAAAUUGAGGCGUUUCAAACCGCGCACUCAAAGGAUCACGGGGAGAAAGAAAAUGAAGACGGAAGCGAUAUAUCACAUGGCGCCAUGGUGUCCUCUCAAGCAUUGGGCAGAAAGUAUGGUGUUGCCAAAGCGGCGACUCUUGUAUCGGUGAAAAUGACGUCGAAGUUCAAAAACUUGGACGCAAAGAUGGCAGAUUUUAUCCUGGCAUUGGAGGCCGUCACCACCCAUCUGGAAAGCAGACCGGAAAGUUACGCAAAGUCUGUGGUCACUUGCAGUCACGGGUGGAAAAUUGGAAUGGACCACAAAAAGGCGGAGACUGACCCGGCUGCGAUCCAAAUGCGCGUCUACCUGGACAGGUUGUUUGAGAUGGGUGUGCCUUUCAUUUCGUCAUCAGGCAACUUGGCGCAUUUGUUCAAGACGAUUGACAAAUUACCUAAGGUGCUGGAAGACCCGGAUACGCCAAUCAUCAACGUUGGUGCGGUUGAUGCGGAUGGUAGCACGCCCAUAUUCUCUCAAACAGGACCUCAACUUACCAUUAGUGCGCCGGGCGUCGGCAUUGCCGGUCAGCAAAAGGAGGACGGAAAGGAGGGAAUUGAGCAGGGUACAUCACAUUCCGCCCCGCUUGUUGCAGGCGUCAUCGCAGCAUACCUGAACUAUGAACCCCCUCCGUGGGGUGAAUCCUAUACUGGCAAGGAACGCGUUCAGGCGAUAAAGGACUACAUUUUAACUGACAAGUCGAGCUGGAUACGCAAAGCGGGCAGCGACAUAAGAGUAAUCAGGAAUGGAGCCACAGAAGAGGACCACAAGAACGCUGGAGCAAACCAAUUCUCAGCCCCGGCCCCCGACCCGGCACCGUUUUAACCCACGACACCACCCCCUCCGACGCAAACCCUCUCCAUCAUCCUGCAGAACUACAUCGACGAGAUCUCCA